AUGCUAGUUAAUAAAAGACAAACACCAUGUAUACUUGUGUCCUUCUUCAUUGGGCUCGUUUUUUUCACUAUUUUGAAUAUCUCUAAAGAGCACAUUAAUCUGGACUCUAUAAGCAAGCAUUUUUCUUCGGUAACUCUGGCCAAGACUGAACCUAAAGGGUCUAUGGCUUCCAAGGCUAGGAAGGCAUUUAAAAAGAAGGUCUACAUUGACGAUGAAUUCGAGUAUUCCAAGAUUACAUACGCCAAUACCAAGCUAGUGAAUUCGGAGACUGAUAAGAGCAUGUUGAUAGUGUCGAGCAUUGGAAGUAAAGAUAGUUACGGUAAGGACAAGGCAUUUGAGGAUUUGAUGAACACGAUUGGGCUGAUCGACUACGAAGCGAAUUCGAUUUCUUUGGGGUUCUUGGUGGGCGAAAAAGAAGAGUUUGGUAAAGUGGAAACGUUUUUGGACAACUACUUCAACAAUUUAGCCAAGACUGAUGCAAACAACAAAAAAUCAUUGGCUCAAUAUGUUAACAAGGUGACAUUACUCACGGCACCAUUUAUAGAUAAGGCGUUCCAAAGUAUUGACAGAAACGACAGACAUAAUGAUAAUUUACAAAGGUUGAGAAGAAGGUCUAUUGCGAGAUCCAGAAACUUUUUGUUGCUCCACUCUUUGCAGAACGAGAAGUAUACGCUAUUCAUUGACUCAGAUAUCGUAAAGAUCCACCAUCCACAUAUGAUCAAGACAUUCAUUGCCUCUGGCAAAGAUAUCAUAGUUCCUAGAAUUAUCCGUGGAGAUCUUCAGGAUUACGAUAAAAACUCGUGGGUCGGCGAAAGAACAGUUCCAUCCCCUGAACAAUAUAAAAAGUUGGAUCUGAACGAUUGGGAUAAUUGGGACUAUGUUCCAAGAGAUGUGGAUGACAAAAUGAUGCACUUCGAUAAAUUCAUAGAGAAGCAUAAGGACGACCCAAUGACCCAUCCAGCUAAUAGGCCAGAUUACUUGAUGAAAUUGGACUCGGUCGGGGGUGCCAUUCUUUUCCUGAAAUCGGUAAUCUACAAACAAGGUGUUGUCUUUCCACCAAACUAUAUUAUCGGUACUACUUGGGGUCGUUUGGAAGGUUACGACGGUAUUGAAACUGAAGGGUUAUGUUAUAUAGCAAAGUCAUUAGGCUAUGGAUGUUUCGGUAUGCCAAACAUGGUUGCCGAACAUUCUGCAGAAUAG